UCAACAUCCGGGACCGCCGACCCUCCGCCUACGGAAGCUGGGGCACGGGUCGGCGGUUUCCCGGCGGGGGCGAGGGCCUCGAGUGUGGUCGCCUCCCGGGAGCGGACGCCCGAAGAGCAGCCCUCGGACCAGCCUUACUGCGAAGCGGCAGCAAGGAGACCCGACUGGUGAAAAGAAUGGAUUUUACAGAGGCUUACUCUCACACGUGCUCCACAGUUGGACUUGCUGUCAGGGAAGGAAACAUUAAAGUCUUAAGAAAACUGCUCAAAAAGGGAUGUAGCAUUGAUGUAGCUGAUAACAGGGGAUGGAUGCCAAUUCAUGAAGCAGCUUAUCACAACUCUGUAGAAUGUUUGCAGAUGUUAAUUCAUGCAGAUUCAUCUGAAAACUACAUUAAGAUAAAGACUUUUGAAGGCUUCUCUGCAUUACAUCUUGCUGCAAGUCAAGGACAUUGGAAGAUCAUACAAAUUCUUUUAGAAGCUGGGGCAGAUCCUAACGCAACUACUUUAGAAGAAACCACGCCACUGUUCUUAGCUGUUGAAAGUGGACAUAUAGAUGUGUUAAGGCUGUUGCUUCGACAUGGAGCAAAUGUUAAUGGGUCUCAUUCUAUGUGUGGAUGGAAUGCCUUACACCAGGGUACUUUUCAGGAAAAUGCUGAGGUCAUAAAAUUGCUUCUUAAGAAAGGAGCAAACAAGGAAUGCCAGGAUGACUUUGGAAUCACACCUUUAUUUGUGGCUGCUCAGUAUGGCAAGCUAGAAAGCUUGAACAUACUUAUUUCAUCAGGUGCAAAUGUCAAUUGUCAAGCCUUGGACAAAGCUACUCCCCUGUUCAUUGCUGCUCAAGAGGGCCACACAGCAUGUGUGGAGCUUUUGCUGUCCAAUGGGGCAGAUCCUGAUCUUUACUGUAAUGAGGACAAUUGGCAGUUACCUAUUCAUGCAGCUGCACAAAUGGGCCAUUCAAAAAUCUUGGACUUGUUAAUACCACUUACGAGCCGGGUUUGUGACACUGAGCCAGAUAAAGUGAGCCCUGUUUACUCAGCAGUGUUUGGAGGGCAUCAUGAGUGCUUAGAACUGUUACUCCACCAUGGCUACAGCCCAGAUGCCCAGAUGUGCCUUGUCUUUGGAUUCAGUUCUCCCAUGUGUAUGGCUUUCCAAAAGGACUGCAAAUUCUUUGGAAUUGUGAAUAUUCUUUUGAAAUAUGGAGCCCAGCUAAAUGAACUUCAUUUGUCAUGCUGCCUGAAGUAUGAGAAGUUUUCAUUAUUUCGUUACUUUUUGAAGAAACGUUGCCCAUUGGCACCGUGGAGCCAUAUACCUGAAUUUAUAAAUCAUGCAAUUAAAGCACAGACAAAAUACAAGGAAUGGUUGCCAUCUCUCUUACUUGCUGGAUUUGACCCACUGAAUCUACUAUGCAGUUCUUGGAUUGACUCAGUCAGCGAUGACAUGCUUAUCUUCACUUUGGAGUUUACUAAUUGGCGGAGACUUCCUUUGACUGUUGAAAAGUUGCUCUCUGCUCGUGCCUCAAACUCUUCUUGGGCUCUACAGGAACAUAUUGCCUCUGUUCCAUCCCUGACCCAUCUUUGUCGUUUGGUAAUUCGGUCCAGUCUAAAACCAGAACAUUUACAAUAUGACAGUUUUAUCUGUCAGUUACCACUUCCCAGAAGCCUACAUAAUUAUUUGCUCUAUGCAGAGGUUCUGAGGAUGAAUGAAGUUCCAGAACUGGCAGUUAUCCAAGAUGGAGAACUCAGUGAAGCUACUUAACACAGCUCAUGUAUUACUCUGAAAAUCACCAAGCCAAAGAGCCAUGGAGUACAAAUCCUUCUUGAUUUUAUAGUCGCAAAAGAUGAUUUUUGUUUGUGUGGAUGGUUAGGGUUUUGGAGUGAACGUUUACAACUUGGCUUCCUGGUAAAAAAAAUGUAACUUCAUUUAUGUUACUUUAUUGCAGUUUUAUCACUGGUACAUUUCAUGUUGUAAUAUUCAUUUCCUAACCUUUUUUCUGCUUUAUUCUGUUAAUGAACUGUGAUGCUACUUCUAGUGAUAGACAUGGCAUGUUCCAUGAUUCUGUGUUUACCUAGGGCUAGGAGCUUAUAAUGGAAUGCAUAAAACUUCACUGAAAGUGCACACAUAGUGGAUUUGAAUGUAUUAUUAUUAUUAUUUUAUUUGAGGUUGAAUGUCCCUUGUGUUUAUAGAAGAAUUAUCUUUUAUUCCAUUCUCAUAUCUUAAUUCAGUCACUUUUAUGAAUACUGUUCAUUGGCUUUUCAUAGGUAAACUCAGGGGAGAAUUUUUUUUUUUAAAGAUAGAAAAUGAAUCAUUUUGCUGUUGUUUUUUUUUCCCCCAGUUUCUUCAUAUUGUCUUAAAAAAGACUCCUUUUCUGCAAAGGCAAGAACAGACCUAAACUCAAAGAUAUGCUUAGCCGAAAAAAUAUUAGCUUGCUAUUGAGAUAAAUGAGCAUUUUGCUACAUUAGAAUACUAAUCAGGAGACUGGGAGGGGCAAUUCUGUGGUCCCAUCUUUAAAGAAAGAAAGGUAUCUAUGCAUGAGUCACUUCAGUAUCAAAUAAGUCAUAAAAGCUUCUUCAUUCAGCCUCCAAUUCAGAGGCCCACUUUCAUUCUAUGAAGCAAUGGCUGCCAGUUUUAUUAAUAUUAGUGUUUUCUCUUUUUAUUAUCUAGAUAGGUUACCAUAUAGUAUGUGAAAUUUAGACCUCAGAAUCCUAUGUUAAUGAGACACUGCCUUAUUGGUUUUACAGUUAAUAUUUCUGAGUCUGGAGUCAGGACUAAAUACUGGAUCAAAUGACUAUGAUAAGAGUCUUUGAGGACCAAAUUUGAGAAAAAGUUCUGAAAGCAUUACUGUCAUGAGAGACAGCUAGAGAUGAGGUCCAAAGGAGGGCACGUCUUCUGUCCUACUGGAGUCCUGUGGCUUAAAAUAGAUGGGAGUGGGUCAGCCAGGUCCACCUCUGAUAGGCCAUGGCUGUUUGCUAAAAGCAGUGAGGAAGGUGGACCAAAGGAAGGAAGCAUCGUAGGUCUAGAGGGAUGACUGAGUUCAGUGUAGCUGAGAGCUGUAUUUGCUCAGUUUGAAUGUGGUUAUACAGGCAGAAAUAAGGGUGCAUAAUGGAAAACCAGAUGGACAUUCUGAUACUUAAAGAGAUUCCAAGAAUAUUUGUACUAUGCAGUAAAUUUUUUUUUUGACUGUGCAGUAAUUUCUAAAUGUUGUCCUAAUCUUUAUUUUUCCAAACUCUUAAGUCUCUGAUUUUUCACAUAACCCGUUUUUGUUAGGGCCAAAUGUACUUUUGAGGGUGAAUCUUUUCAUGUGUUUUUGUUCAUGUUUAAAUAUAUAAUAAAAAUUCAACUAUGCAUAA